AUGAGUUCAACCACUCCCCCAAAUCCCCCUUUGGGUAGAACCCCUCCGGGAGGUCCAAAUGGACCGUUCAUGAUCAGACGGCGUCCCAAGGCAGCCGAUCCACUUGUUCGACCGAAGAAGCGACCUAUCCCACGGCCUACUGCGCCUGGCCAGCCUCAGGGUCAAGGCCAGCCCCAAGGGUAUGGACCAGGCCAGGUUCGACCUACGACCGCAAACGGGACAUCAACCCUCCCACUCCAACCUCCACGACUCCAACCUCCAGCCAACACACUACCACACCCGAAACCGAUCCCUAGCGCCGACGAUCUUACCACCAACGGCUUCAGUGGCCCCCUGCUCUCAGAGACCUACUCGGACUAUCCGUUGGUUACAACAAAACGUGCGCUAAGAGAGGGAUUAAGACACCACAUCGCAAAGCUGAUAUCAAAGAAGAGCGUGGACCCCAGAGACGAGUCCCAAUUUACACGUCCUGUACGGUUGCAGCGCCGAGAUCCUCGAGCAACGACCACUCCCCCAGCCGGAAAUGAGAAAGAAGAUGUAAAUCCUCGACGGGGGUUCCGUGACCCUUACGCCGGCCUGACUGAGGUUGAACGCCAGGAGAUGGAAGCUAAGAAGGAAGCACGUGCUAAGGAACGUGAGGAUAACCUGGCGCAGAUUGCUCCCUCCGUCAAUUCAGGACUAAAGAAGGUGAAUGCCCCCAAACAGCGAACACAACAGGUUUUUAAAUCUACCAUCACACCUGAGGAAGCUGCAAAGUCCCAGAUUAAAUAUGAGGAGGCCUUACCUUGGCAUUUGGAGGAUUUUGAUAAUAAAAAUAUCUGGGUUGGAAAAUAUGAGGCCGCCAUGUCGGAGACAUACGCCACGUUUGUUUUGGAACGCAGUGGAAAGAUGCGAAUGAUACCCAUUGACAAAUGGUACAAGUUUACUGCCAAGAAUCAGUUUAAAGUCUUGACCAUCGAAGAAGCGGAGAAACACAUGGCAAGGAAGAUUAGAGAUCCCAGGUGGUUCAUGGAAAAGGAGCAAGCACGGGCUCAAGAGAGGGAGCUUCAGAGAUAUGCUAGACAGCGAAAAAUAUACACUGGACAAUCUCGAAACGCGCCAGUCACUGAUCGUUUCGAGGGCGACGAUAUGGACUUCGACGAAGAUAGGUUUGCAGAUGACGAGGAACAUGUUGGUCUCUUUGAUGACGAUGAAGAUGCCAAAACAGCGGAAAAGCGUAUCAAGCAGGACCAGCUAAAGGCAAACAUCUUUGACCUUAAGGAUGAAAAAGACUAUGACGAAGAAGAGCACCUGGAGAGGAAGCAAAAGGAGGAUCUUAAAAGCUUUGGCAAACAGGUUCGAAAGGCGUUACAGCGACGAGAGAAAAACUUUGAUUACAGUAGCGGGUCUGAUGCAAAUCCUUACUCGGAUGAUGAGAGUACGGAUGAAUCUGAACUAGAGCGCCAAAAGGAGGAACAAAAAAAGUCUGAAGAAGAUCCUAAGCGGAAGGAGAACCAGUCCGACAAACCUUCGGGAACAUCUACCAAAGGCACUAAUACCCCAUCAGGGCGCCCGAAACACACUGACCCAUUGAAGAGAGCACAAGCCGCCGCUCGCAAACGGCCAGGAUCCCCGAACCUAUCUGACGCCAGUGGCACUGAUUCAUCGCGCAAGAAACCGAAGAACAAGCAUCUUUCAGCCCAGGUCCCCAACUCCCAACCGGCCUCUAGACCUAUCUCCCCAGCUCCCCAAGGCCAGAGGAAGAGCUCUGGUGCUGCUAACGCAAACGAUGCAGCGGCCAGCACUACUCAAGCUUCUGCGGGAGCGAAGAAACGUAUCCGCACUGGUCCUGGGAAGGCAGGGUCGGCAAGUGAUGUUGAGAAAGCCGCUAACUCCAGUGCCGAAAUCAGUGAUAGCACUAUGGCAAAGCGAAUGAAACUUAACGUUCCAGGUGCCAAAUCAAAAACUGGGACUCCAAUUGGUUCCCGCGCAGGAAGCCCAACCCCUGCUGGCAGAGCUCUGGCCGGUAGCCGAGCCAGCAGCCCUGAAAGUUCUCGUGGCAUUUCUACUCCAUCUGGUUCCGGAUCUCGACGAGGCUCGGUUUCGGGAGCCAACCCGGGCGCUGGGGCAUCACUGCCUGCCUCAUUCCCCACUGCAUCUGAAAUCCAUGCUGCUAUCCCUGCAACCGGAAUAUUGAGCAACGAUCUCCUCCGCAUGUUCCGAUCACGUCUUGGAAACUCUAGAGAGAACCAUCGUAGGUUUAUUGGGAUUGUCAAAGACGUCUCGGUCUUUGGAAAGGAGGACAAGCUGUUACGGCCUGGUGUUAUUAAAGAAGCAUGA